CAAAGAGGCUAAAACUUGUAUUAUUAAUAUAAAUACUUAAAUAUAUUUUUUUUUAGAAUAGCAUUCUGAUCUGACUUUUCAGCCCUAAAAAAGAGGAUGGUUUUAAUGAGAGCAAUAGUGAUUCUUUUGAUCAUCUGUACAAUCAGUACACUUACAGUCUCUGCAAAACGAAGAAAACAGACAAGAGAUGACGCAUUUAACACCAACACCACAGCAACAACAACAACUACGCAGAGACCUACGCAACCUACGCCGACCUACUCUGCGUCAGGUUUAUCAGAUAAAGAAAUAUUGGAUCUACUUCUUCACACCCAGAGAUAUGAUAGAAGAAUUAAGCCACCAAGCUCUGCUGCUCUAAGAGUAAAUAUAUCCGUUGUUCUCCUCUCCCUCUCCUCCCCAGAUGAGUCAAGUUUACACUAUGAAGUCGAGUUCUUGAUGCACCAGAAGUGGGUUGAUCCAAGACUAGCACACAAUAAUGGAAACCAGUAUCCGUUCCUGAAUGCCUUGCACCACCACGGAGAUAUUUGGAAACCAGAUAUAUACUUUAUUAAACACGGAACAUUUAAGGAAAAUCUGAACCCUACAAGUAUCGCCAUGAAAAUCUUUGAAAACGGAACUGUACUGUACUCUAUGCGGCGCCAUCUUGUUUUAAACUGUGAAGGCGACCUUCACAUUUUCCCCUUCGAUUCACCCAUGUGCACAUUCUCCAUAGAAAGUGUUUCUUUCACGUCGGAUGAAAUGGUGUUUCACUGGGCUGGUCCAAACAGAAUAGCUGACGACUCUGAUUCUGGAAAUAUCGCUCUGUCUCCGGUUUUGAAGAGACAUAACGCAUACCUUGUUCAUAACGAGACAUUCUACUGUGAUCAGAAGGACGAGUGGAGAGUGUUUUUUUCAGGAAUAAUCUUGGUGUCGUCUUCGUUUCUGACCUUUUGGUUUGAAUGGAACGCGGUGCCUGCGCGCACUAUGCUGGGAGUAACUACCAUGCUCAAUUUCUUUACUACUUCGAAUGGUUUCCGGUCGAAUCUACCCGUUGUUUCCAACCUGACCGCCAUGAACCUAUGGGAUGCCACCUGUAUGUUCUUCAUCUAUACUUCAUUCCUCGAGUUUGUCGUCAUGAACUAUUUAGCCAGAUGGGUCCAGGAUCCAGAGAUACAGAAAAGGAAGAAAGAUAAUGCAAUUUUAGACGAGUUUGAUUAA